AUGUCUCUUGAUAACCCCAAGCGCUACCGCAACACUGGUCCACCCCACCCUAUCGACGCAGACACAUACAAAGAAGUCUCCGUCACCUCGCCACUAAGAUCGCACCCACCGCCACCGCCAACAAUCGAAUCUAGCACGAGUGACUGUACUCUACAAGUGAACCAUGAAGACUGCACGCUAGAGCUAAGCGACCGCUCUCUUAACCUCGAGCUGAACGGCAUGCCAAAUGAAAAGCAGGUAGAGACAGACAUCGAGAAAGAAGCCGUGGACCUGGCCGAGCAGAACGAAUCUGGAAGACAGCGUGCAGGAACUGCAAAUGGCAACGGCAAUUCGAGACCGUACUCGGAGUCCUUGACAGAGACGGGCACUGUUAAGCGUCACCGCAAAUCUCAUCGGCGGCAGUGGAUUAUUGCCGGUGCUGUUUUGGGAGUUCUUGUUCUUCUUACUGUUAUUAUUGUUCCUUCUGCUAUUUAUGGUACCCGUGAGACUCAGGCGAGGAAUAGGGCUCAAGCUCAGGCUAAUCAAGUUGGAAUUGGGUUUGCUUGA